AUGGCUUUCGUCUCCGGUGGCGGAGGAGGCCUUCCACCGCAGCCAGGGGUUCCAACUCCUGGAGGCUCGAAUGGGCCUCCCGUUGCAGUCCAAACGCCGACCGCCACUCAGCUAGCCGCUCACCAACAGUUGUCUGCUUUGGCAGGCAGUCAACAAUUCCUGGUAAGGAUUUUUUCUCUCAUUCACUCCAUCACUUCACACUAUCAUUCUUCCCAAGUCAUUGAACGAUCACAUUUGAACGUGAAAGGCAGUUGA